AUGUGAGUCAACAUGUCUUAGCUGUAACAAAGUGAGAAGUAUGAAGAUAGUGAGUGUGGUGGACCUGCCUGCCUGGGCCAGCCUGGGCUCACCUCUUACCAAAACACAGUCGCUAAAUUCUUCACAUACCAUUAAUCAUUUAUCAAGAUUCUUUGCAUAUAAAUGACGCUGGAGUAGACAUUUAUACAGUGAAUGACUUGUCCUUCAUCACUGUCUCUAUUUUCACACCAGUAAAAACGAAGAAACAAUAGACGCGAAAUUAUGCCCCAUUAAUUUAGCAAGUCUUGCCUAUAGAUUUCAAUAUGGCGUCGUUUGUAAACUGUUGACACAAUGUCGCCGUGAGAAGAGAGACAUUUCUAAUUUAUACUAAAUGAGGCGCUGUGUUUGGUAACAGUAGGAAGUAUUGACAGGUCAGUAGUGGUGUGGGUCAUACCUCGGCUGUGCUAUAUACCUUAAUAGUGUCUCCAGACGUCACUGGAGAAGCCAGCAAAGUGAUUUCUUAAAGUGAUCUCCCAUAUCAAAACAAGAAACAACAUAGAGUCCAGGUUGAAAGUAAUACCCUGUAACAGUGCCACGAGAGUUAUUAAAAAAUUAACAGGGGUGACGAGCACUACCUGAGUGAGCAUUGAAAUCCCCAGCAGCGGGAGUGUAGGUAAUGUGUGUGAACCAGGUCAGCAGUGUUGGUGUCUAGUGACUCCUGACUCACUGCUUCUCACUGCCCCGCCACAAACAUUAACUCGGAGUUUUUUCUCUAACAAAAAAUAAAGCCGGAAAAGCCGUGUGUGUGGCGGGGGCUAGAAAGGUGGUGUGUGAAGCUGUGGUGUGUGUGUUUUAAGUGGUGAAGUCUCCGAGGGGGUCCUGCGAGGUGUGGUGAAGCCUCCAAAGGGUCCUGCAAGGUGUGGUGAAGCCUCCAGGGGGUCUUGCAAGGUGUGAAGCAUCCAGGGGGUCCUGCAAGGUGUGAAGCAUCCAGGGGUUCCUGCAAGGUGUGGUGAAGCCUCCAGGGGGUCCUGCAAGGUGUGGUGAAGCAUCCAGGGGGUCCUGCAAGGUGUGGUGAAGCCUCCAGGGGUUCCUGCAAGGUGUGGUGAAGCAUCCAGGGGUUCCUGCAAGGUGUGGUGAAGCAUCCAGGGGUUCCUGCAAGGUGUGAAGCCUCCAAAGGGUCCUGCAAGGUGUGGUGAAGCAUCCAGGGGUUCCUGCAAGGUGUGGUGAAGCCUCCCGGGGUCCUGCAGGGUGUGUCUGAGUGAUCAGUGCACUGGUGAAUAUAUCUGGUGAAGGGCGCACACACCAAACUGGAUAACACUAUGGAAAAUACUGAAUUAGUGUAUGAUUGUCUUUCUGCUAGUGAAUAAUUGGCGCGGCAAAAUUUAAUUUUGUGUCGUAUCAAGUAUUGGUUGUGUUACAUCAUUAUUCUGAUAACAAUAAAAAUCGUAAAAUUUUUAGAACGCUAAAGUUUUUUAUUUUAUUUUUUUUAAGUGUUUAUUAUACAAAUAAAUUAUUACUACAUUACAGCUGGAUAAAAUAUUUUAAUGCCAAGGAGUGGCGGUGCAGCAGCGGUGGCAGGAUGUGAGCGGUAUCCAGUGGCAAUAUCAUGGCCCAGGAGUUCCUCCCACUCUGCGAUGUGCUCUUCAACAUCAUCUCGCUGGCCUCCUACUUCUGUGAUGUGGUUUUCGACGUGGUCACAAUUUACACGCUCUACGAUCAGCAGGAGGUGGUGUGGUUCACGCUGGCGCUCUCCUGCGUCAUCCUUUCCCUCGUCGUGUGUCAGCUCUGCUCUCUCAAGUGGUAUUUCUCCAGCCUCAGGAAGGACCUGGCCAAGAAAGACUGUGAUCUUUCCCUCAUGAUCCUGCUCCAUUUAGUCCAGGGAGGCGUCCUCUGGCGCUACUUCAAGCUCUUUAUUCCUGUUGAUCUUCGGUACGUCAAACAUGAGGUUCGCGACUUGUGUAUGUUGCGACUCAUCCAUGCAUUUUGUGAGGCGGCCCCCAUGUUGCUCAUCCAGCUCUACCUUAUUUGGCGCAAACCUGCGCUUUCUGAUCUAACUGACCUUAACAUAGUGUCGACAGCGUUGUCGCUUUUCAGUGUGUGUUGGGCCUUGGCUUCCUUCAAUAAGAAUGUGCGCCGACAUAACGUCCAUCGGUUAAUUCUGACCUGGCUAGGAGUUAUUUUUCAGUUCCUUUGGCGUCUUGGUACCAUAACUUCUCGUUCACUGGCACUGACUGUGUAUGCAACACUCUAUGGUUACUGGGUCUUCCUCGUCAUCGCCCUCCACUGGAUCUCCAUGUUCCUCUGGCUUAUUUCGCCAAAGAAUGUCUUUCAUGGUGAAAAGAUGCCAUUGUUUAAGAAGGUGAUAUUUUCAAUGUUAAUUGCUUUCUGUUACAUAUUCUGCUAUAUCAACCUGCAAGAAAUCAACGCCCGGCAGAAGAUGGUAGCCUUCUACAUCACCAUGCUGCUUGAGAACGCUCUUCUGGUAGCUGUGUGGCUGGGAGGCCUCAGGUCCACUCCUUGGUAUCAGUAUCCAGUGACAGCUCUAGUAUUCAUAGCGUUCACCUUGGGAGUUGUCUUCAUGAUCUUCUACUACCAACACUUCCACGUGAAGCGACUCAAGCAUAGUUACACCAUGUCUUCCUCCAUUAAUACUUAUUCGUCAUGCACAGGAUGCCAGCUGGGUCAGUGUACUGACAAGUCACACCGCAUGCCUUUUCCAUAUUACCUGAAUGAGCUGUCAGCUAGUGACAACAGCACCAUCGCCUCCAUCCCUCAGCAGAACGGCAACGCCAAGCCCAACAACUUGGAGACGAGCGAAGCUCGAAGUCAGCAGCAAUUACAGCAGCAACAGCAGCAGCAGCAGCAUCCCAGCUGUCAUUACCCACCAGAUGCUCUCCAUGUUCCUGGGGUGUUCACCUGUCGCUUUAACCCCGGCAUCAAGAGGAAGAAAAAAAAGCCAACUAGUUUCGUUCCUCCUCCUGUACCUGUUCUGCCUUCUAUAGGUGUGCCAAAUAACAAUGGUCGGAUGGUGCCAUUCUGGAAGCGUCCAUUGCCACAAUCCUUGUCGAGUGAUCAUGAAGGUAGUGUGGGAUCCCGUGUCAACAUUCAGCAGAAGCUGCAAGAGAAAAAACAGCAGCAGAUAGCUGAACUGCGACAAAUCGAAGAGGAAAUCAAAGCUGGCAAGCUAAAGCGGCCACAUCCCAGUGAUAUUUCUGAGUCAGGAACUCUUCGUCAGCCCAUCCCUCGGGCCAAGAAACAACCGUGGCUGAAACCUGAGCCGCUAGACUACACUUACCUGGUGGUGGAGCCCUCAGCGGCGCCUCUGCCUGCUCCUGCACACAGAAAGCAUCGCUCUCAGACCCCAGAGAUACUGUUAGCGCCUCACUACCUGGACAACACCAGGAUCUACUACGACUACCAGGACCCACGCUGGAAGUAUGGCAACAACUACCACCUACCCUCUGAUGAUAUGAGUGGAUCCAGCCACUCCAAACAUUCCAUAAAAAGACGCAAUAGAAAAGGCGAUAAAAACACGGAUAACAGAGACAAAGUUAUUUAUAAAUCUUACAGAAUACCAUCAGAUCUCGACAGUCAGAUAUCGCUACCGAGAUCGUACACUCUUCCCAGGGAAUUCAAAUAUUAUAGAAGACCCAAGUCAAGAAAAGCUGUGAGAACAGAUCACUUCAUGGCCUCGACAAACUCCAGCGAUGGUGAUGUUGAUUCAUGUGAUGAAGGAGACUUGGAGGAAUCUUUGAGUCGACUGAACAAUGCCGUCCAUUUCCACCUCAACCACAGUCAUCACCACCACUAUCACCACCACAGCUUCCUCCACAACCACCACACCAACCAUGUGGGUGAGUCUCCACCUCACCCGCAACACCCACUGCGGGCUCGCAUCCACGCUGCCUUCCACCGCAACCUGGCCAAUACUCACGAGACUAAGUUGUGAAGAUAAAAGUAUUUAUGUAGUGCUAAAACUUUGUAAUGCUGGAAGCUCAUUCCACCGUCUGUUACGUACACGACACUAUCAGUGAGAGGUCCAAGAGGCUUCUUGCUAUGUUUACAACAUCGCUCACACUACCCAAAUUUUAAUGUUUGUGAUAAAGAGUAGCCACUUUAUUUUCAGACUGAGAAGGUGUGGAGUUAAUAAAAGUAUUAGUCAGAGGGCAGAAGAGGGGUUGUUGAGGUGGUUUGGUCAUUUAGAGAGAAUGGAUCAAAGUAGAAUGACAUGGAAAGUAUAUAAAUCUAUAGGGGAAGAAAGGAGGGGUAGGGGUCGUCCUCGAAAGGGUUGGAAAGAGGGGGUAAAGGAGGUUUUGUGGGCGAGGGGCUUGGACUUCCAGAAAGCGUGCAUGAGCGUGUUAGAUAGGAGUGAAUGCAGACGAAUGAUACUUGGGACCUGACGAUCUGUUGGAGUGUGAGCAGGGUAAUAUUUAGUGAAGGGAUUCAGGGAAACCGGUUAUUUUCAUAUAGUCGGACUUGAGUCCUGGAAAUGGGAAGUACAAUGCCUGCACUUUAAAGGAGGGGUUUGAGAUAUUGGCAGUUUGGAGGGAUAUGUUGUGUAUCUUUAUACGUAUAUGCUUCUAAACUGUUGUAUUCUGAGCAUUUCUGCAAAAACAGUGAUUGUGUGUGAGUGUGGUGAAAGUGUUGAAUGAUGAUGAAAGUAUUUUCUUUUUUGGGGAUUUUCUUUCUUUUUUGGGUCACCCUGCC